UGCAGCAGUCUUCCCCCGUCUCUCUCCCUGUCUGUCUGCUCCCCAUCCCUCCCUCUUUCUCUUCUACUCUCCCCGUCGCUCUCGCUCACAAGGAUCGCAGCGAGCAUGAGAACACGCGACUGAGUGGACACUGACACCGAUGACCUGCUGACUCUGAGACUUCUUCAAACCUCAUACAGCUCUGCUCAGCAUCAUGACCAGGAAGGUCUUCACCAACACGAGGGAGCGUUGGCGCCAGCACAACGUUAACACGGCCUUCGCCGAGCUCCGCAAGCUGAUCCCCACCCAUCCUCCAGAGAAGAAGCUGAGCAAGAACGAGAUCCUGCGCCUGGCCAUGCGCUACAUCAACUUCCUGGUGCAGCUGCUGGAGAGCCAGAGCGGGCAGCCGGCCAGCCACUCCCCCACCGCUCUGCUCACCUUCCUCAGAGGAAACAUGGAGCAGCUGCGCUCCCCCGCGCACGCCUGGGCCCUGACCAGCGACACCGAGGCGCCGUCACCUGGAUCCAGCUGCGACAGCUCCGAGGCCUGGUAGAAUCGCAAAGGGAAAAGAAGAACUUGAGUGGAAUGGCUGAUCCUUUUCCUGGCUCCAAAAGCUGACCCGGUCCUCUUGAGACUACAGUAUGUUGUCUCUGCCUUUGUCACCUGUGUGUGGCUCGUGUUUCAGUGCAGAAGAUGCAGUACUGUGUGAUACGGAUGGACUCCAAUGUGGCUGCCUGCUCGCUGAUCAGUGUUCAAAUGAAUUUGUAUUCUGCAUGGAUGUGUGAAACCUGUACAAAAUUCCCUUUGUGUCCUCGCCAUUAAUAUUCCUCAACCCCCCUGGAAUUAAUUUAUUCCUGCAGUGUUUUGCCAAUAAGGAAAAUGGAAGGGAUUAGGGAAUUCCUCAUUUUGAAGCAACAGAUUCAGAAAAGCGCUUGAAUAGAUAACAGCUCAGCCAGUUCUCCAGGCUGCAAUCAUCUCCAGAUAGCUGAGGGCACUUUGUUUAAAAAAAAAAAAAAAACAACAAAAAAAUCCUUCUGUCAGAAGACAUCUCCUGAC